CUGAGGCGGCUCGUCCACUCCCUCGCCAUGGCCGCGCCGGCGCCCGUGCCCGCGCAGCUCCGGAGGUGCCCCUGCUCCGCGCCCCUCUGGACCCUCUCCCCCCUCCUCCGCCACCACCGCCGCGCCUCGCACUUCCUCGGCGGCAGGAGGCAGGGAUACUCUCAUAGUUCAGGCCUUGGAAUCAACGACAAUAGCGCCCUCAGACCUGGAGUAUAUUUCAACUUCAAUGUGGAGAGCAGUGCGCAGGAAUGGAAAGAGGAGAGCAAGAGGAUAUGUUCCAUCAAAACCACCAAUGCUGUCAUGAACAAUGUUUAUAAUGGUUAUGCUCUGCGACCAGGAAAUCUUCAUCAUGAUCCCUUGGAAGAUUACAAGAGCUCCAACCAGUCUCCAUUGUACGGUGUAAGAGAAAGAAUGGCUCCUAACUCUCUUGCAAAUAGGCACACCAAUAUGGAAUUGGCAAAGCAACAUGUGUUGAGUCCCACUGCAGGUGCUGUGUCAGCACUGACCAGUGUUGUGGAUUAUGACAUCAAACCGCUAAACAGGUCUAGUGACUCCGAAGUGGAAAUCCAAUGGCCUAACGGUUCCAAAAUUGACGCUUCUCUGUCAAAUAUUCGUCAAGUCAAAAAGGGCCUGCAGUUUGAUGGCAAGGCUGAUGGUUAUGAUGAAGUUGAGCAUGAAUGCACAGCCAAAACUGUGGUUAAUGAUGACAUCAAACUGCCAAACAGGCCAAGUGGCUCUGAGGUAGAGAUGCAUUGGCCUAAUGGCUCCGAGAUUGAUGAUUCUCUUCUAAAUACUGGUAAAGUCAAGAAGAGCCCUAAAAUUCGUAAAGUCAAGAAGAUCCCUCAGUUUGAUGACUUGGCUAUAGAUGGUUAUAAUGGAGCUGAGCAUGAAUGCACAGCCAAGACAGCGGUGCAGCCUCCUCCAGCUAAAGCCCCCUUGUCUGAGGAGGCUAAAGAUGCACGGAAGGCUCUUGCUACCAUCUACGACAAAGUUCUGGUGGUUGACACGGUCGAAUCAGCUAGGAGCGUUGUUCAGUUACUUACCACAAAGUACAAGAGCUUUAUUCAUGCAUGUGACACAGAGGUGUCAAAUAUUGAUGUUAAACAAGAGACACCAGUUGGCCAUGGAGAUGUCACAUGCUUUAGCAUCUAUUCUGCCAGUUCUGAUGCUGAAGCUGAUUUUGGAAAUGGUAAAACAUGUAUUUGGGUGGAUGUACUGGAUGGUGGAAGGGAUGUCCUCAUGGAGUUUGUUCCCUUUUUUGAAGAUUCAGCGAUCCGGAAGGUAUGGCACAACUAUAGUUUCGAUAAACAUGUAAUUGAGAACUAUGGAAUCAAAGUUGCUGGAUUUCAUGCCGAUACAAUGCAUCUCGCACGCCUUUGGGACUCUUCAAGAAGACUUGAUGGAGGAUAUUCACUCGAAGGACUCACAAAUGACAGCAGAGUCAUGGGUGUGGUCCCAAAGGAACUACAAAAGAUUGGAAAGAGAUCAAUGAAAACCAUCUUUGGCAGGAAAAAGAUUAAAAAAGAUGGCUCCGAAGGAAAAAUUACCACCAUAGAGUCUGUUGAGAUUUUGCAAAGAGAGGACAGAGAGCUGUGGAUCAGCUAUUCUUCUUUAGAUUCAAUGAGCACCUUGAGGCUUUAUGAAAGCUUGAAAAGUAAGCUUGAAAAAAAGCACUGGACUUUUGAUGGUUGCCCCAGAGGUUCAUUGUAUGAUUUCUACGAGGAGUACUGGCGUCCUUUUGGCGCCAUUCUUGUAAAAAUGGAAACAGCUGGAAUGCUUGUCGACCGUUCUUACCUGUCAGAGAUUGAAAAAGUUGCUGUUGCACAGCGAAAAGUAGCUGCAGAUAAAUUUCAGAAAUGGGCAUCUAAAUAUUGCCCUGAUGCAAAGUACAUGAAUGUUAAUAGUGAUACCCAGAUUCGCCAACUCUUCUUUGGUGGCAUAGAAAAUAGACGCAACCCUGGUGAAUUUUUGCCAAAGAGUAGAACUUUGAAAGUCCCAAAUAAUGUCAACACAGUUACAGAGGGCAAGAAGGCUCCAAAGCAUCGCACUAUUGAAAUUUGCAGUAUUGUGGAAGGUCUAAAACCGGAGAUAUUCACUGCAAGCGGUUGGCCUUCAGUCAGUGGGGAUGCUCUGAGAAGUUUGGCUGGGAAACUGAAAACUGAUCUUUACACAACAGAGGAUGCAGAGGAUGAUGAAUAUGUCAGUGAUUCAGAAAUUUCUGUGGAUGUUGUAGAAGACACUACCUCGUAUGGCACUGCAUACAAAGCAUUUGGAGGUGGAAAGGAAGGAAAGGAAGCAUGUUAUGCCAUUGCAGCUCUCUGCGAGAUCUGCUCUAUUGAUUCAUUGAUAUCAAACUUUAUUCUUCCCUUACAGGGAAAUCGUAUAUCCUGUAAGGAGGGGAGGAUCCACUGUUCGUUAAAUAUCAACACCGAAACUGGACGUUUGUCAGCAAGGGCGCCGAAUUUACAGAAUCAACCUGCACUUGAAAAGGAUCGGUACAAAAUCCGGCAAGCUUUUGUUGCAGCUCCGGGGAACUCUCUUAUUGUUGCUGAUUAUGGUCAGCUGGAGCUGAGGAUCCUGGCACAUCUUGCUAAUUGUAAAAGUAUGUUAGAUGCCUUCAAAGCUGGCGGUGAUUUCCAUUCCAGGACAGCGAUGAAUAUGUACCAGCACAUUCGUGACGCCGUUGAAGAAAAGAGAGUACUUCUUGAGUGGGAUCCUCAACCCGGUCAAGAGAAACCCCCGGUGCCAAUGUUGAAGGAUGCGUUUGGUUCUGAGAGGAGGAAAGCUAAGAUGCUCAAUUUCUCCAUUGCAUAUGGAAAAACAGCUGCUGGGCUUGCUCGGGAUUGGAAGGUAUCACGUAGGGAAGCAGAGGAUACACUGGAUCUCUGGUACAGUGACAGAAAAGAAGUUUUGGCAUGGCAGACGGAACAGAAAGAAUUAGCAUAUGAGAAGUCUGAAGUUUAUACUUUGCUUGGACGCUCUCGCCGUUUCCCCAGCAUUUCUUCUGUAACCUCCAAAACAUGGAAGCACAUCGAGCGUGCUGCUAUCAAUGCCCCUGUACAGGGCAGUGCAGCAGAUGUUGCCAUGUGUGCAAUGAUUGAGAUAGAAAGGAACACUCGUCUUAAGGAGCUCGGUUGGACCCUCCUGUUGCAGGUGCAUGAUGAAGUGAUACUCGAAGGACCUUCCGAGUCGGCUGACGUGGCCAAGGCAAUAGUGGUUGAGUGCAUGUCUAAGCCCUUCUACGGCACCAACAUCCUGUCGGUCGACCUGGCUGUUGAUGCGAAAUGUGCACAGAACUGGUUUGCGGCCAAGUAGACUCCGAGCAUCAUCACCCCCUCCGCCGACUCCCCAACAAGGCGUAGGUGCGCCCCAGAUGCGCACAUACUCCAGCCAAUUUUGGUCCGUCCUGAGCUGGUGUUAACUGCUGCAUAAUAGCACAGGGCAUGCAUAAGGCUCAUCCUGCCAUGGCAGCAGAAAAGUGAGAUUAGCAGCGAAGGCAUUGUACACUACCAUUUAGGCUGGAUAGCUGGACUCCACACCCUUCCUAGUAGGCACUCUGAAUCGAGCUAGAGGGAUUGUAGUUAAGAUUGGCAUGCAUUUUGUGUAUAAGAUUGCUGCAGUGUGCUAAUGUAUUAGGUUAGAUAACAUAUUCCCUGAUGUGGACACGAUCAUGGGCUCAUGGCGAUAUAACUUUGUUCCGAUCAAUGGAGAAAUGCAGUUCAUGAUGAGCUUUCCUCUA